AUGGUCGACAAAUCACUAGCAAUCAGAAUCUCUAUCGACCGUGGAGGCACCUUCACAGACGUCCACGCCUCCAUCCCAGGCCGUCCGGAUGUCAUCCUCAAGCUCCUCUCCGUCGAUCCCUCUAAUUACAAAGAUGCCCCCACCGAGGGAAUUCGUCGAAUCCUUGAGAUCGCGACGGGAACUCCACACCCCCGUGGCGAGCUCCUGGAUCUACGACAUGUGGAGGCGGUAAGGAUGGGUACGACGGUUGCGACGAAUGCGUUGUUGGAGAGAAAGGGUGCGCGGAGUGCAUUGCUUAUUACCAAGGGCUUCAAAGAUUUGCUUGGCAUCGGAAACCAAUCCAGACCCAAGAUCUUUGAUUUGUCUGUUGCGAAGCCGGAUGUGCUAUACGAGAAAGUCAUUGAGGUGGACGAGCGUGUCACCCUCGAAGGCUACGCCGAGAACCCGCGCCCACAACCCAUCGACGUCAACUCUGACUCUGCUCUCCGCAAGGGCAUCACCGGCGAAGUCGUCCGCGUCAUCAAGACGCCGGACAUGGAAUCCGUGAAGAAGAGCUUACAAGAAUUGUGGGAUGACGGAUUCAGAAGUAUUGCGGUGGUCAUGCUCCACUCUUACACUUACCCCGAACACGAGAACAUGAUCGCGAACGCCGCGAUCGAGAUGGGAUUCUCGGUUGCGAUUUCGGCGCAAUUGCAGCCUAUGAUUAAGGCUGUUCCCCGUGGUACCUCUGCCACUGCCGACGCUUACCUCACCCCCGUCAUCAAGACCUAUAUCGACUCCAUUUCCUCGAAUUUCCGCGGCGGGUUGGGAAGUCACGGAUCCAGAUGUGAGUUCAUGCAGUCAGAUGGUGGUCUCGUCGAUUUCCGCAAGUUCUCCGGUCUCAAGGCCAUCCUCUCCGGACCCGCUGGUGGUGUCGUCGGAUACGCUCAGACCUCGUACGACGAAGAGGAGAAGGUCCCCGUUAUCGGAUUCGACAUGGGUGGUACUUCGACGGAUGUUUCCCGUUAUGGAGGAAUCUACGAACACGUCUUCGAGACCACCACGGCUGGAGUCUCCAUCCAGUCUCCUCAACUUGACAUUAACACCGUCGCGGCUGGUGGUGGAUCCAUGCUUUUCUGGCGUAACGGCCUUUUCGUCGUGGGACCCGAGUCAGCCUCCGCCCACCCUGGACCAGCAUGCUACAGAAAGGGCGGUCCCUUGACGGUGACCGACGCCAAUUUGUUCUUGGGAAGGUUGUUACCGGAGUACUUCCCCAAGAUCUUCGGUCCCAACGAAGACGAGCCCCUCGAUCGUGAGACCACGGCGAAGAAAUUCGCGGAGUUGACGGUGCAGAUCAACGAGGAGCAGCGCGCGAAUGGUGGAUCCGAGUUUACGCCCGAGGAAGUUGCGCUCGGGUUCUUGAAGGUCGCGGACGAGUCGAUGUGUCGUCCCGUUCGUACCCUCACUGAGGCUCGUGGACACGAUACGUCUGCGCAUAACCUCGCUUCUUUCGGUGGUGCAGGUGGUCAACACGCCUGUUCCGUCGCUGACGCACUCGGUAUCUCGAGGGUUGUUAUCCACAAGUACUCCUCUAUUCUCUCUGCCUAUGGUAUGGCCCUUGCGGAUGUCGUGCACGAGGUUCAAGAGCCGGCUGCUACAUCGUUCGAUGCGGAGACCAAGGAGGAGGUCAAGGCUAAGUUGCACGAACUCAUGGAGAAAGCCACACAAGAACUCUUGAGCCAGGGCUUCGAGGCAAACCAGGUCAAGCACGAAGUCUACCUCAACAUGCGCUACCAUGGCUCCAACACCGCCCUCAUGAUCCUCAAGCCUGAAGCCUCCGAAGACUGGGAUUUUGGCGCAGAAUUCACGAAGAGACAUCAGCGCGAGUUUGGGUUCACGUUUGAUUCCAAGGCGAUUUUGGUUGAUGAUCUUCGUGUUAGGGCGAUUGGGGCUUCGUUUGCGACGGGGGAGGUUAGCCCGUAUCAGCAGAUGAAGGCGGUGGAGGGGAAGGAGGUUAAGGUUCCUGAGGCGGAUGGUACAACGAAGGUUUACUUUGGUGCGGAGAAUGGGCGUGUUGACACUCCUGUCCAUCAACUCCAGAGCCUCGAGGCUGGUGCCAAGAUUCAGGGUCCGGCGAUGAUUAUUGAUCAGACGCAGACGAUUGUGUUGGUGCCUAACGCUACUGCUCAUAUUUUGGAGAGGUGCGUUGUGAUUGACUUGGGCGAGAAGAAGACGAUUGCGUCGCAGUCUCAGCAGGAGGAGAUCAAGAUCGAUCCCAUCCAGCUCUCGAUUUUCGGACAUAGAUUUAUGUCGAUUGCUGAGCAGAUGGGUCGCACCCUCCAGAAGACUUCCGUUUCGACCAACAUCAAGGAGCGUCUUGACUUCUCUUGCGCGUUGUUCUCGCCUGAUGGUGGGUUGGUCGCCAACGCUCCGCACGUUCCCGUGCACUUGGGAUCGAUGCAGUAUGCGGUCCGCUACCAGCAUAACUUGUGGAAGGGGAAGUUGAAGGAUGGUGAUGUCUUGGUUUCCAACCACCCUAUGUGUGGAGGUACCCACUUGCCUGACAUCACUGUCAUCACUCCUGUCUUCGACAACGGCGAGAUCGUCUUCUACGUCGCAUCUCGUGGUCACCACGCUGAUAUCGGUGGAUGCUUGCCGGGAUCUAUGCCUCCCACUUCCACCGAGCUCUGGCAGGAGGGCGCAGCCAUCGAGGCCGAGAAGAUCGUGUCUGAGGGCAAGUUCAACGAGGAGAGGAUGACCGAGCUCUUGCUCAACGAGCCUGCCAAGUACGACGGCUGCUCCGGUACCCGUUGCUUGCAGGACAACUUGUCUGACCUCAAGGCUCAGGUCGCUGCCAACACCAAGGGUAUCUCCCUUAUCAAGGCCCUCAUCGAAGAGUAUGGAUUGAAGUGCGUUCAGACGUACAUGUUCGCCAUCCAAAAGAACGCCGAGGUCGCUGUCCGCGAGCUCUUGAAGCGUAUGUACAAGAAGUUCGAGGGACAGCCGCUCGAGGCGAUCGACUACAUGGAUAACGGUACCCCCAUCGCGCUGAAGGUUACGAUCGAUGGUGAGAAGGGUGAGGCUGAGUUUGACUUUACCGGCACUGGACCUGAAGUCUACGGUAACAUCAAUGCUCCUUCUGCCAUUACGCAUUCUGCUCUCAUCUACUGUUUGAGAUCCUUGAUCGAGUCCGAGAUUCCGCUGAACCAGGGAUGUCUCAACCCCAUCUCCGUCAUCAUCCCCCCUCGCUCCCUCUUGUCUCCUUCUAAGGGUGCUGCCGUUGUCGGUGGAAACGUGCUCACCUCCCAACGUAUCACCGACGUCAUCCUCAAGGCUUUCCGUGCCUGUGCUGCCUCCCAGGGAUGCUGUAACAACCUAACCUUCGGUACGGGUGGAAAGACCGAAACUGGUGAGCACGUCGAGGGGUUCGGAUACUACGAGACCAUCGCUGGUGGAUCUGGAGCUGGACCUGCUUGGGAUGGACAGAGUGGUGUCCACACGCACAUGACCAACACCCGUAUCACGGAUCCCGAGAUCUUCGAGAAGAGGUACCCGUGUAUCCUCAGGCAGUUUGCGUUGAGAGAGGGAUCUGGUGGCGACGGUCUUCACCCUGGAGGUGACGGUGUCAUCCGUGAUAUCGAGUUCAUGGUGCCUGUUCAGUGCUCCAUUCUCUCCGAGCGUCGUACCUACCGUCCUUACGGUUUGGAGGGUGGAGGCGACGGUGCCGCUGGUCUCAACCUGUGGGUUAGGAAGGAUGAGGAGACGGGUGAGGAGCGUGUUAUCAACCUCGGUGGUAAGAACACUGCCAACUUUGGUGCCGGUGACCGUAUCGUGCUUUACACUCCUGGAGGUGGUGCGUGGGGUGCUAAAGAGGGUGGUGAGAGAAAUGUUGUCAAGGGUGCUCAGAACCAGCUUUUGGCGAAGGGUUCUGUUGAUGCUUAUAGGUUGAUGCAGGAGACUAACUAG